AUAUAUUUUGAGACGCUGGCCACUCCCAAGAUCCAAAUCCUGUUGUUAACAUUUAACCGUAAAAAGUAUAUAUAUAUUUUUAAUUUAGAUAUAACAACAGAAAUAUAUAAAAGUCGGAAGCGGGAUUUUGAUAUCAAAGGAAAGAUCAAUUGAAACUGGUUGUGGAAGAGAAUCAAGGAAGCGGUUUAUAUCAAAUUGUUUUUUGUAUUGGUAAAGGCGGAGUUGGUUCCUUUGAGGUGGUAAAGAUGCCGGCCGGGGUGUCAUGGCCUCGAUACCUGAGACUGCUUGGAGCCAGUGUUCUGGCCAUGUUUGCCGGGGCACAGGCUGUACACCAGUACUACCUGCCAGAUCUGAGUAUUCCAGAGGUCCCACCCAAACCUGGAGAGCUCCAGACUGAACUCCAAGGAUACAAGAUAAGAGAACAAGCUGCUGCUACCAUCGAGAAAUUCAAAAAAGGAGAAAAUGUGGAUCAAUGAAAUAUUCUGAGAGGUGGACUGUGGGUUCAGCUGUUUGCUCAAAUGUGCCUUGGAGAAGUACAAGUGUUUUAAAGACUCAAGGGACUCUUCUUGCUGCUUUAAAUGAGAAAAAAACGAGUUGACAUGCAAUUUAUGAGCAUGUGAGCAGCCUGUUUGACACGAUGAUCUUUAAUUUGAUAAUUUAAUGUCAGUUCACCUUUAUCUGUCUUGAAUAAUAUAAGGAAAGAUUCCUCAGUAAUAUAUGUAAUAAUUAAACUCUAAGUAUAUCAAUGUUUAUAAAUAAAAAGAAACACCAAUUUUGUUUGACAGUUAGAAAAAUA